GUGCCGGUGUGCGCGGGGGGCCGGCGGCCAUGGCGGCGGCGGCGGAGCGGGGCCGCCUCAGCUUCCCGGGGGGCGCGGGGGCCCUGGGGCGCCCCGUGCCCAUGAACCUCUUCGCCACCUGGGAGAUCGACGGCUCCAGCCCCAGCUGCGUCCCCAGGUUGUGCAGCUUGACACUAAAGAAACUGGUAGUCUUAAAGGAGUUGGAUAAGGAGCUUAUUUCUGUGGUCAUUGCUGUCAAAAUGCAGGGCUCCAAGCGCAUCCUGCGGUCUCACGAGAUUGUAUUGCCCCCGAGUGGACACGUGGAGACGGAACUUGCGCUGACCUUCUCGCUGCAGUACCCUCACUUCUUGAAGAGAGAAGGCAACAAGCUUCAGAUCAUGCUGCAGCGGCGGAAGCGGUACAAGAACCGAACGAUUUUGGGCUACAAGACUCUGGCUGUUGGGUCUAUCAACAUGGCUGAGGUCAUGCAGCACCCCACAGAAGGUGGCCAGGUGCUAAGCCUCUUCAGUAACAUCAAAGAAGCUGCAGUGAAGGUAGCAGAAAUCUGGAUCUUCUCCUUGUCAAGUCAGCCAAUUGACCAUGAAGACAGCACGAUGCAGCCCAGCCAGAAAAUCAAGUCUACAGACAACUAUUCCGAGGAAGAGUACGAGAGCUUCUCUUCUGAGCAGGAGGCCAGUGAUGAUGCCGUACAGGGCCAGGAUUUGGAUGAUGAUGAGUACGAGCUGGGGAAGCCCAAGAAGCAGCGGAGAUCGAUAGUAAGAACGACGUCCAUAACCAGGCAACAAAACUUCAAACAGAAGGUUGUGGCAUUGCUGAAGAGGUUUAAAGUGUCUGAUGAGGUUCUGGAUUCGGAGCAGGACCCAGCAGAGCAUGUCCCAGAGGUGGAGGAGGACUUGGACCUCCUGUAUGACACACUGGACAUAGAGAACCCCAGUGACAGCGGGCCAGAAAUGGAAGAUGACGACAGUGUCUUGAGCACUCCAAAGCCAAAGUUAAAACCUUAUUUUGAAGGACUGUCACACUCCAGCUCUCAGACAGAAAUUGGUAGCAUCCACAGCAUCAAGAGCCAGAGAGAGCCAUCAAGUCCUCAGGUAGAAGUGCCUGAAAAGUCAAAGACUCUCGGAACCAAACAUCCAGGCGACAGUAUUUCUGACACUGUAUCUUUUGAGUCCAGCCAACAAGCUGAGGUUCAAGAAGCUGAGCUUCCCACACCAGAUGUGUUUGUUGAGAAGCUCCCACCCAGCGGGAAGAUCACCAAGACAGAGUCCCUCAUUAUCCCAUCCACCAGCAGGUCUGAAGGGAAGCAGACGGGACGCCGGGGAAGAAGCACGUCUCUGAAGGAGAGGCAGCCAGUGAGGCCACAGAACGAGAGAGCGAACAGUCUGGAUAAUGAACGAUCUCCAGACACCCGGCACCACUUACAGAUCCCCAGGAAAACGGUGUAUGACCAACUAAAUCACAUCCUGGUUUCUGACGACCAGCUGCCAGAAAACAUUAUUCUUGUCAAUACUUCUGAUUGGCAAGGCCAGUACCUAUCAGACGUCUUACAAAAGCAUACCUUGCCAGUGGUCUGCACGUGCUCCUCAGCUGAUAUUCAGGCAGCUUUCAGUACUAUUGUCUCCAGGAUACAGCGAUACUGUAACUGCAAUUCUCAGCCUCCAAACCCCAUUAAAAUUGCAGUGGCCGGAGCCCAGAAUUACCUCAGUGCUGUAUUGAGGCUCUUUGUAGAGCAGCUGUCUCACAAAACCCCAGACUGGCUCGGCUACAUGAGAUUUUUGAUCAUCCCUCUAGGAUCUCAUCCAGUGGCCAAGUAUCUGGGGUCUGUAGAUUAUAGAUACAACAACUUCUUCCAAGAUCUAGCCUGGAGAGAUCUGUUCAACAAACUUGAAGCACAGACCACUGUUCCAGAAGCACCUGAUGUCGUCUCCAGAAUAACGCAGUAUAUAGCAGGGGCAAACUGUGCGCACCAGUUGCCCAUUGCUGAAGCAAUGCUGACGUACAAGCAGAAAAGCCCCGACGAAGAAUCUUCACAGAAGUUCAUUCCCUUUGUUGGGGUGGUGAAGGUUGGAAUAGUGGAACAAUCCUCUGCAACGUCAGGUGACUCUGAUGACGCAGCUCCCUCAAGCUCCAGCGUCCUUUCUUCUACCCCACCUUCUGUGUCUCCUGCUGUGAAGGAAGCCUCCCCCACGCCACCUUCCUCACCGUCUGUCACAGGCAGCUUCUCGUCCUCAAGCCAGAGCCUCGGUGCUGAGCUGAUGGGCCUGCAGGUGGAUUACUGGAUUGCAGCUCCACCCGUGGACAGAAAGAGAGACCCGGAGAAGAAGGACCCCUCCACUACCAAAAACACACUGAAAUGCACUUUCCGGUCCCUCCAGGUCAGCAGGUUACCUGCCAGCGGUGAGAUUGCCACCACUCCGACCAUGUCCAUGACUGUCGUGACAAAAGAGAAGAACAAGAAAGUGAUGUUCUUGCCCAAGAAAACAAAAGACAAAGAGGUCGAGUCAAAGAGCCAGUGUAUUGAAGGAAUCAGCAGGUUGAUUUGCACAGCGAAACAUCAGCAGAACAUGCUGCGGGUCCUGAUCGAUGGGGUAGAGUGGAACGACGUCAAGUUCUUUCAGCUGGCAGCACAGUGGUCCUCUCAUGUCAAGCACUUUCCCAUCUGCAUAUUUGGACACUCCAAAUCUAACUUCUAGCCGUGCUCGGCGGAGGGACCUUCUGUCCGUCCCAGGGACUGCACACCAGGAGCCAGGAACUGCGUGCCAACUCUGACUCGCGUCGCUCUGCCCUCUCCUGCAGAAUUAAUUACAGAUGUGCUUGGAUUACUUUUGAAUUACUUUUUUCUAUUAACUCUUAAGUUUACUACAAGGGAAGGAAACCCCUUUAAACAAAGGCAAAAGAACAAAACAGUCUUAAAUAUAGAUGUGCUGACAAAAAAGCUGUGGGGGAGUUGGCAGGAGCAGGCAACCUGCCCGAGAACACCUACCACUUACAAGCAGAUAGCUGAAUUACUGCACUGCUUAUUAACCCGAGACCUCAUUGGUGUGCGUGGGCUGGGGAGCCGCGGAUCAGCUUGAACAGAUUUUGCAGAAGAGCACGCACGUUACGAUGCAUUUGGCCCCCUCCCUCCAUGUUUCUAGCAAAACCAAUGGCCAGUCUUUCUUCCUGCUGCCAAAGGACGAGAGAUCAGCGAGGCUGGAGGGAGUUCAGCUGUCUGGUUUGAGAAACAAACCGCAUAGCUAGGGAGAUCUAGAGAGGAGAUCGCCCUUCAGCGCACGGAGUCCGCCACGAGGACAGGCAGGUGUUUGUGCUGAGGUGACACCUGAGGAGGGUUGGGCAGGAACAGGAGUUAGGGAAACACUAGGUGUAAGGGAACUCCAGUGUCCCAGGUCAGUGACAAUGACCAAACCAAGCCAGUCACAAUGUCCCCGCAGCUGGCUGCGCUGCUGAGGGACGCCGCGUCAGUGGGGUCGCUGCUAUUUACAUACUCACACCGAUUAUUUACCUGUCAAUAAAACCUCGUCCAGCCUCUAAAGGGAAAGGAUUUUUUUAAUAGCUGCAGAUUUUUUUUAAUGCUUUCUAAAAAAAGAAAAACAAAUAAAAAAUAAGAGGGGGGAAAAAUUAAAUUGCCAAAAAAACCCACCCCAAACCCAGAAGAUGAGCCGUUGUCUGUGAAGUGAUACAUCACUGUAGUGGCUGGAGUCAGAGCCAGCUAAGGCGCUCUGCACGUCCAGCUGCCUUCCCGUCCAUCUGUCAGACUGCACACGUGAGGUAGCGUGGGCUGCUUUAUCCGCUCUGCCUUUGUCCUGCUCUGACUGCGCCGUCCUCCCCAGAGCCAGCUGCUGGCUUUGCCUGGGUGUAUUUUCACCGUGCCCGGCGUAACACCCAGGAUCUCUUCUCACAGGGACUGCGAGACUGCAACAGAAGCAAAGGGUGCUGCGGGCAGGCGGCCUCCUGCAGGAAGUUGCCCCGACCGUCUGCUUUCUGGGUAUCCCUUCCCAGGGGCAUUUAUUUCCCCAUGGGUUGCAUCCCUUCCCCAGCAGCGUGUUUGCCCUGGCAGGGCACUGCCUGCGGGCUGAGGCUUUGCCACGCGAUUCAGUCCCAAGCUGCAGUGGAAGCUACAGCUGGGACGUGGGAGAGGAUGCAGCCAGCCGCGUUUGUUGUCCUGCUGGGGCAGCAAGGUGUCCUCGGGGGAGCUGGAGGAGUGAGACUUGGGGGUGUCUCGUGCCCAGGGCUCGUUUUGGCCUGGCUCUGGCCGUGCUUAUGUUCGCUUUGUGCAUCUCACUGCUGCCAGGACACGGGGAUGUUCUCGCAAGGAGUCGGUGUGGCAGGCAGCAGCUCCGGGCAGCCCUGGUGCUACGGAUGUGGCUUUUUGCUCUCUGGGCUUCCCGAGGUGUUCGCAGGAGGGGCUGGAAGCAGGCGGCAGAUGGGGCUUAGGGAGCAGAGUGUGCCUGUUGUGUUGAAAAGCAGAUGUUUCUGGCCUUUCGGGGUGAGGGACUGAAGCUUCUGGUGGGGUCCUUUGGGUCCCCCCCUUGUGAGCAGGUCUGGCUCCACAAGCAUUUCCAGAACGCGCUUUCAGAGAGCAGUGAUGCUUUUGAACCUUUCCCGGCAUCCACUGGUCAGUUUUUGUUGUUGUUGUUUUUCCCUCUGACUCGUUACCCUUGGUUAUUAAAGGUCUUGGAGAAUUUGCUUUGUCCUGCUCUGCACAGGGAGCGCCCAGGUGGCUUUGAGCAGGGUGCUGGUGGUGUGCUCUGUUAGGGCUUCUGCUGACGGGGAACAAGGGAUCUUCAGGCGAGAGCGUGAUCCCUGCUGGAUCUAGUGCCUCUCACAGCUCAGGGCACGGGCUGCUUCACUGAUUUUGAUUUCAUGAAAUCCUUUCCCAGCACAAGUGCACCCUGCCUGGCCGGGGACUGGGCAUUCCCUUCAAGCCACCCGCGGGAGGAGGACGCGGUCCAACGCUCGGCGGCACGCUGCUGGGCAGGCCAUCUUGUCCGCUUGCAGUCCUCCUCCCUGCGGUCUGCGGGCAGGUCUGCCUCCGUCUGCCUGUGCCAGGAGCUCAGCUCCGGUGCAAACGGUGGCACGUCCACCAGUUUGUGCAUUUCUGGCUGACCUGAGCUGAUGCUGUGGGAUUGAGUAGCGUUGCCUAGCAGCAGCAGCGUGGGAGAUGGCGUAUAAGCACAUCACUUUUCCCUUUUUUUUUUUUUUUUUAAUUUUAUUGAGGCUGUUGCAUCGAAAAAAAGCUUUUUCAAGGAAAUUAGUCAGUGUGCGAUUUCUUCCUCAAGGCUCACGCUGGAGUUACAGGAGCGGCUGGGCUGGCUUCCAGCGCUGGGAGCCGCACGCGGCCCGGGCAGCUCGGUGCCGGCGCGUUACUGCUGCGGAGGAGGGACGGACGGGACGGACAGACUGACCGACUGCAAUAACUUUGUUUACUGGGGAGCGAGAGGGGAGCAUGGCUGUGCCCCUCUCUGCAUUUCAACCUACUGUAAAGAAACAGACGGUAGCUAGCGCGGGAUUUCCGUGGUCCUGCCUAUACGUGUGUUGCCCUGCGCUACUGUGUGCGUGUAUGUGUGAGAGAAGCACUCGCGCUCGUUGCGUUUCACGUUGGUUUGCGUUUUGUUCCACCUCUGUACAACCGAAUUCACCGGGAAGCUCUGCACGCCUGAGGGCUUGUGUUUGUGCCCUGUUGGAAGCUGCCUUUGCUCGGAAGUGCAGCCCUUCGCCCGUGCAAGGAGACAGCCGGACUUCGCAGCCUUGUCCUCCUGGGUCUGGCAGCUCUCAGGUCUCCCACCAGGCGAUCUCCUGCUCUCCCAGCAGGAUUUGGGGUCCCUGCCAGCCAGGCGGAGCACCGGGGCUGGGAACGCGGUGGGGAGAGGUGGCUGCGUGUGAGCUGGUGGGUACUGACGGAUGGCUGGGGGCAGGAGACAGCGUAGCCCCAUGUUCAGCUUGAGGGUUUUGGAGAGAGGUGCAAUUUAAAGGAAGAAACGCCACGGUGUUAUCUCACCAGCCCGUGUGAGAUUGGGCUUGAAACAGCUGGUGUCCUUCCCAGUUGCUGGUGGGAGAAGGGCCCCUCCUUCCUCAGAGGUGAGGCCUCAAGAAAAGGCUCGUUGCUGUGCUGUGCGAGGCUGACCUAGUUUAUCAGUGCUGGUGAGCACAGGAAAGAUGGAAGGUUUUUGUGGCGUCGUGUUGCACCUUGUGCUUCCCAGUCCUCCAGUUUUGUUUUUUUGGAGACUAAGGCUUGUCCCUGGCCCUGCCCGGGACGGUCACCUGCUGAGCUGGUGAUUUUGCAGAGGUCUUGGGUGGCUUUUGUAGCUCAGCACUGCAGUUGCCGUUCACUUAAUUUGUUACCCUUUACAUCUCAGCGGUAACUGCAGAGUCCCUCUUAAUUACACAUGAGCUUGGGGAGAGCCACCGUCUCUGUGGCUGUGUUUUGUUGUGUUAUUAGUACGUGCUUGCUGCUUUAUCCUGCAGGGCGGGCAGGGGUGGGAGGCUGGAGGUUUCCUGGGGCUGGAGGAGAUGUGCGUGUUGGUGUGCAGUCAUCAAGCUUGGCUGAGCACCACGCUGACCCCUGCUCACCUGGGAUUACAGCAAAGGCCUCGUCCUGCUUAGGGGUAGCAGGAAUUCAGCUGCAGCUUGCCCCAAAUGGCUCUGCCUGGUCAUUUCUCACCAGUAAUGGGUGCUGGAGGGAGCAGCGGAGAGCCAGGCCCUAGGGCAUUGCACCUGGUGCCUCAAAAUUUAAGAAAAUCCUGGUGAGAGGAAGCAGAGCUGAUGGCCUUCUGCUGCCGGAUGUGCCGGGGGAGCCUGGAGUCUGGGCUGAGGGCAGUCCUGCUGUGCAGCAGCACCGGGCUGGGGGGCCUGGUGCUUUCCUGGAGCUAGGUCAGAUGCAAUGUCCCCGUUCCUCUGGUCUCAGUCUGGUGGACAGCUGUGUGGUGACUCAUUUUUGUGUGACACUCCCUCUGGGCUUAUCAAGUAGGUAGGGAGAAGGCCAGAACUGAGCAGCAGCAUCUCCCAGAGGUUUUCUGGAGCCUCUUCAGCAGGGCUGUCAGGGGAGGUGCUCCUGCAGGGACAGUCGGCGGCAGUGGGACAGACAGGAGGAGGGGACAUGCCAACUUGGAAAGCAGCAGGUGACUGGUUUCCUUAAGGAAGAGCUCUGGUAUCGGGCCACAGCAGUCAGCUGCUGCUUUGCACCUUGGCCAGAGCAUUGCCUGCCCCGCUGCGUGCCUCGGCCACGGAGAUGCCACAGGGAAGCACCUUGCCAGUGCGGGUACCGCGUGCUGUGCUCUGCUGCGUGCCACGAGCCUUGUCCGGACCGCAGCGUGCCAGGGGACGUUACCACUGUGUAGGUUCCUGAGUUGUCCAUCUGUUUCGUUGUUGUAUUGUUUGGGUUCUAUUUUUUUUUUAAUGAAGACAUUAAGUGUAAAUAGCCUUUUUUUUUUUUUUUUUUGGAACAAACUGCAACGUGCUCGACCUCGUCAACUAUUUUAUGGUACUAAUGCAACACUAAUAAAACUGGACAUGAAAGC